AGGCAAGGUGGGUCCUCCUCUGCGCAUCGUGCUGGACGCAUUGAACUGUACGGCUUUCAGCAUCCAGUGGAAGAUGCCAAGGCAUCCCAGGCACCCCGUCGUGGGGUACACCGUCUCUUACUCUGCGGUUGGCACUGAUGAACCCCUGCGGGAGCGGAACCGCAGCGUGCAGCUGGGCCAGGACUCCGCCACCGGGCAGCCUGAGCCUCCGGUGAUUUUUGAGGAAGUGAUCGGAGAUUUGAAACCAGGCACUGAAUAUCAAGUGAGCGUAGCAGCUUCCAGCGUGACAGGCAAAGGGUGGCUUAGCUCUCCUCAGCAUGUUACCACCUUGCCCCAAGAUUCCUGCCUGCCUCCGGCAGCACCCCAGCAGCCUCAUGUCACUGUGGUUUCCGAGUCCGAGGUGGCCCUAUCUUGGAAACCUGGAGAGAGUGAAGGAAGCUCCCCUAUUCAGUACUAUUCCGUGGAAUUCAUCAGGCCAGAUUUCGACAGCAGUUGGACCUUCAUCCAGGAGCGGAUCCAGAUGGACUCCAUGGUUAUCAAGGGCCUCGAUCCGGACACACACUACCGGUUUGCAGUGAGAGCCAUGAAUCCCCACGGCCGCAGCCCGCGCAGCCCGCCCAGCCACACCGUCCGGACCUCCCGCCCCGAGGAGGAGGGAAGUGGCCGCUACGGACCCCAUUAUCUAACGAGCACGGGAGUCAGCGAGGAUGAUGAGGGAUUUGAAGAUGACUUAGAUUUGGAUAUUUCCUUCGAGGAGGUUAAACCACUUCCUGCUACCAAAGAAGGGAAUAAAGUGUUGGUGGAAUCCAAGUUUGUGCCAAGAUCAAACCCAAAGACCGUUGCGAGGCUUGUCCCCCCGACUCCAGCCUCUCUCCCUCUGGCUCCGGUGGCUCCCCAGCCCACUCCGCUGAAGAGAGAAGGGAAGAAGGGCGUGCCUGCGAUGCCCAGGCUCUUUGACAAGCCGUGCGAUGAAACUCUCUGCCCCGUUGACAGCUUUUGUGCCAAUGACUACACCUGGGGGCGUUCACGGUGCCACUGCUACCUGGGCAAAGGUGGUGAGAGCUGCUCCGAAGAUGUUGCUAUACAGUACCCCCAGUUCUUCGGCCACUCCUAUGUAACCUUUGACCCUCUGAAGAACUCCCAUCAGGCAUUUCAGAUCACUCUGGAAUUCAGGGCAGAGGCGGAGGACGGCUUACUGCUCUACUGUGGGGAGAGCGAACACGAGAGGGGCGACUUCAUGGCCCUGGCCAUCAUCCGACGCUCACUCCAAUUCAGGUUUAACUGUGGAACUGGGGUUGCCAUCAUUGUAAGUGAGACCAAAAUCAAACUAGGGGCCUGGCACACGGUCAUGCUCUACAGAGAUGGGCUGGACGGGCUGCUGCAGCUAAACAACAACACGCCGGUGACGGGCCAGUCCCAGGGCCAGUACACUAAAAUCACCUUCCGGACGCCUCUUUAUCUUGGUGGGGCUCCCAGCACUUACUGGUUGGUCAGAGCCACAGGAACAGACCGAGGCUUUCAAGGCUGUGUGCAGUCGCUCACGGUGAACGGGGAGAGAGUGGACAUGCGGCCCUGGCCCCUGGGGCGAGCCCUCGGUGGGGCUGAUGUGGGUGAGUGCAGCAGCGGGAUCUGUGAUGAAACCUCGUGCAUCCACGGCGGCACCUGCAUGGCCGUCAGAGCUGACAACUACAUCUGCCUCUGUCCCCUGGGAUUUAAAGGGCGACACUGCGAGGAUGCUUUCACCUUGACCGUUCCUCAGUUCAGAGAGUCCCUGAGGUCCUACGCUGCCACGCCCUGGCCCUUGGAGCCCCGGCGGUACCUGUCCUUCAUGGAGUUUGAGAUCACCUUCCGGCCAGACUCGGGCGACGGCGUCCUCCUGUACAGCCACGACACGGGCAGCAGAGACUUCCUGUCCAUCAACCUGGCGGGGGGCCACGUGGAGUUCCGCUUUGACUGUGGCUCCGGGACGGCUGUGCUCAGGAGUGAAGACCCCCUCGCCCUCGGCCGCUGGCACGAGCUGCGUGUAUCUCGCACAGCGAAGAACGGCAUCUUGCAGGUGGAUAAGCAGAAGGUGGUGGAGGGCAUGGCGGAGGGCGGCUUCACGCAGAUUAAUUGCAACACAGAUAUCUUUAUUGGCGGGGUCCCCAGUUACGACGAGGUGAAGAACAAGUCGGGCAUCCUCAGGCCCUUCAGCGGGAGCAUCCAGAAGAUCACCCUGAACGACCGUGCCAUCCACGUGAGGCACGACUUCACCCGCGGCGUGAAUGUGGACAAUGCAGCCCACCCGUGCGUGGCGGGCCCCUGUGCCCACGGGGGCAGCUGCCGGCCCCGGGAGGAGGGCUACGAGUGUGACUGUCCCCUGGGCUUCGAGGGCCUGCACUGCCAGCAAGAGUGUGGGAACUACUGUCUCAACACCGUCACAGAAACCAUCGAGAUCCCGCAGUUCAUCGGCCGCAGCUACCUGACCUACGACAACCCAGACAUCCUCAAGAGGGUGUCCGGAUCAAGGUCAAAUGUGUUCAUGAGGUUUAAGGCGACGGCCAGAGAGGGCCUGCUGAUGUGGCGGGGGGACAGCCAGAGGCCCAACAGCGACUUCAUCUCCCUGGGCCUUCGGGACGGAGCCCUGGUGUUCAGCUAUAACCUGGGCAGUGGUGUGGCAUCCAUCCUGGUGAACGGCUCCUUCAGCGAUGGUCGGUGGCACCGGGUCAAGGCUGUUCGGGACGGUCAAUCGGGAAAGAUAACUGUGGAUGACUACGGGGCCAGAACAGGCAAAUCACCUGGCAUGAUGAGGCAGCUCAACAUCAACGGAGCUCUGUACGUGGGUGGAAUGAAGGAGAUCGCCUUGCACACUAACAGGCAAUACCGGCGAGGCCUCGUAGGCUGCAUCUCUCAUUUCACCCUGUCCACCGAUUACCACGUUUCCCUCGUGGAGGACGCCAUGGAUGGGAAAAACAUCAACACUUGUGGAGCCAAGUAACACCAGCUGGCCUUGCCCAAGGGAUGGAGCCUUCUAUCCUGAGAAUCCUGGGGGCCUGAGACCCUGCCUGAUGCCCUGUGCCAUUCACAGAGGCAUGGGGGCCAGGUGUUUCCUCUCACCCAGGAGAAAGGACACCUGAUGAGAGCCUGAACCCAACUUGGAGUCUCUGUGUGGCCUUUCCUGCUGGCACUGUGUGCGGGCCACACCCCACGGAAUCCUGUGUGGGAAGCAUCGAACAUUGCCUGUUGACUGUGCAGUGGCUGUCAGAGAUCACACAUGAAGGCAAAUUCCGGAGCCCGUCUUCUGUAGUCAAUGACUGUGUUGUGAUUCAUCGUGCAGUGAACUAAGAAAAGAGAGAGAGAGACCCAAGGGCAGUAUUAAAAUAUUCCUUUCCUUCCCUGACUCAUGAUACUUACUGACAGCAGAAUGACUGUGUGACCUUGAACCUGGGAUUUCUCACCUUGGCCCAUGGAAUAUCAGGAUUAACCCCUUCCACUCCCCACUGGCUGGUUCAAUGUGCUCUGACUAUUCCAUGAAAAUAAGGAGGAGAAGGGACUAAAUAUGGAAUCAUAAUGCUGCCCCCCCUUAAUGAGAAAUCCCUACAUUUUAUAAUGCUAAUCUAAAAACAGGCACCCCGAUUUUGUAGCUGUCCUUUUGUAUGUGUAUAUUUUUAUAGCAGCUGAUAGUCCAUACAGUAUAAUUUUGCAACUUUGGGUGGAUGACCCUGAAUUCUUUGCACAGUUCCUAAAAAUUUUCUCCCAAAGGAGACUUGUGGGGGCCUUUCGUGGCACCAGUGGGGUAGGUAACUGGGGGUGGGCACUCUCUUGGGGAGCUGACCAUUCUGUUUUGGUAAAUGGUGACGGCUCAAGGAAAUGGAUCUGAAGCUUCCAAAAUAAGCAGAUUAAAAGAUACAUGUGUUCCUGA